UACCUACAGAUCAAAGAAAGAAACCUAAACACAAAAAUUGCAAACAUAAGUGCAGGCCAGGCAAGAUCAUGAACUCGGAUUUGGCUGUCCUCGAAUCGGUUCGACGGUACCUUCUCGGUGAUUCCGAAACUACCGGGAUCAGUUUUCACUCGGCGAUGAGUUUCGAGAAUGCUGAGGUGGUUUGUCGGACUAGUACUAGUACUACAAGCUUUAGCAACUUUUCUCUUAAUGACGGUUGGGGUACUAGUACCGAGACGUUGGCGUUGAAAGUGGACGACAAUACCGAUCAGGAGGCGGUGGUUUCGUCGAAUCAACUUGAUUUAACGUCGGCAACCACCGUCGAGUCGAAGCCUCGGGGAACGAGAACCGAAGUGGCUGUGGCGCGUGAGUGCACCCGCGCACCGCUUUACAGGGGGGUGAGGAGGAGGCCGUGGGGAAAGUACGCGGCGGAGAUAAGGGAUCCGACGAAGAGCGGUGUGAGGGUGUGGCUCGGUACGUACCAGACGGCUGAGGAUGCGGCUUUGGCAUAUGACCGAGUUGCUUUCAAGACACGUGGUUCGAAGGCUAAGCUCAAUUUUCCGCACUUGAUCGGCAACGAUUGGGAGCCGAUCAGAGUGACCUCAAACUCCGCUCGCCGGAACCGUUGUCCGCCUCCUUCGUCCGAUAACGGCUAUCGGAAGCGCACGGCCAGUAGCAAAAUAAGACGAGCUAGUUAGCUGGCUAGUUGGCUUUAAUUUCUCACUAGCAACCAUUCCAUAUAUAUAUAUUUGACUAAAGUAUAGUAUAUAUAGCCAGUGGGCUUUAAUUUCAGUUAAAAAGGAUAUAUACACACGGUAAAAUGCAUGGAGAUUAUGUUAAAUUAGGAUUGGUUGCAUAAUGUCAAGGCAGUCACCACUGCGGCCUUCGAUCAAGCCCAACACUCUGGACGUGCUACCUACAGUCAAGAAGGCUCUAGAAUAAAAAUUUCUAACAAACUAAACUGUUGAGGUGUACCAACCAUGUGGGCUGGUUUGUUAUACAGUCUGUCUAAAAUCUGUAAUGAUUUCUUUUGCAUUGUAAUGAGAAAAAGAACUACAGAUAUGAAAUUUUAAAAUGAGAGGAAUUUUCUUUCAUUU